AUGGGACACCGCACCACUUCUCCAGAUGGGUUUCCCACCACAGACCAAGAGGUGCAGCCUCCGAACCUGCAUGCGUCGAAUGCGAUAGUGGCAUCUGCCAUUGUCGUGCCCGAGCUGCAUGAUUCGGAACAAAAAGCAAAGGAGAAUGCCCGUCCAAAGUCCAGCGACGAGCCGCGCAUAGGACAAGAUCACGAUAGCACCAAAGAAGAAGCAGGCCAGGGGGCUGAAGGCCCGUUGGCUUCAUUCCUGCGCGUUCUCUACACCUUCUCAACGCCUCUGGAUCAUUUGUUGCGCUGCAUCGGACUGGUGGCCGCUGUCGCAUCGGGUGCCGUUUUACCGUGUAUGACGCUAGUCUUUGGCUCUUCGGUGGACGAGUUCAACUCUUUCGGCGCCAACCACACGUCCGCCGACGCCUUGUACAGCGGCCUGGCCCGCAACGCCCUCUAUUUCUUCUACCUUUUCCUUGGACGCUUCGUGCUGGUCUAUGUCCACUCGUCCUGCUUUGGAAUAUCCGGCAUUAGGGCCACUAGGGCGUUUCGCCAGCAGUUUGUCAAGGCCGUCAUACGACAGGACAUUGCGUACAUUGACUCGACAUCCCCCGGAGCAAUCAUCACCACCAUAUCUGCCAACGUCAACAUGGUCGAGAAUGGCAUCACGGAGAAAAUAGGCAGCCUGAUCCAGGCGAUUUCUAUGCUCGUUGCAGGCUUCGUAGUUGCCUUUACGCAACAGUGGAAAUUGACGCUAGUGACAGCCACCACACUGCCAGUCUUGUUUGCAGGCUUCUACAUCACCUUUGCUCUUGACGCGAAAAUAGAAGGCAAGAUUCUCCAAGUCUAUAAUGAUGCCAGCACUCUUGUCGAAGAGGCCAUGAGCAGCAUCCGCAUGGUCAAUGCAUUGGACAUCGGGAAAAGACUCAGCCUGCGCUACGAUACAUCUCUCGCCGAAGGCCAACGUCUGGGGCUCACCAAGGGCCCCGUUAUUGGCUUUCAGUACAGUGUUGAAAUGUUCACCACGUACUGUGCCUACUCUCUCGCUUGGUUCUAUGGGGUGAAGCUCAUCAGCAACGGCGAAAUACACUCUGGCGGUGACAUGGUAAUAGUUUUGCUGUCUGUUCUUUUGGCCACUCAAGCCGCCUCAGAUGUCGCCCCAGGCUUCAGCGGCUUUGCUAGAGCAUCGGCUUCUGCACGUGCCAUGUUCAAGAUUAUGGACCGCACCCCAAAGAUUGACUCACUCAGUGACAAAGGCAAGACGCCCGCUGAGACUCACGAUAUCAGCAUCGAAUUACAAGAUGCUGUAUUUGCCUACCCUUCGCGGCCAACUGUUCCCAUUCUUCAAGGCCUCAGCCUCGAGUUUGAGGCAGGAAAGACCACCGCACUGGUGGGGUCAUCGGGUUCCGGUAAAAGCACAAUUGUGAGUCUGAUCGAACGUUGGUUCGACGUGGAGUCGGGAUCUGUCCUCGUAUGUGGCCAUAAUGUUAGUGAGUUGAAUGUCAGAUGGCUUCGCAAUCAGAUUGGUCUCGUACAGCAGGAACCAGUCUUGUUCAGCAGCUCUAUAUACGAAAAUGUUGUCCACGGCCUCUAUGGCACGUCCAUGGACUCUUUACCUGAAGCCGAUAAACGUCAACUCGUCCGUCAAGCAUGCGUCCAAGCUUUUGCAGAUGACUUUAUCCAGCAGCUGCCCGAGAAAUAUGACACCGUCGUUGGCGAGCAAGGCCAACUUCUGAGCGGCGGGCAGAAGCAACGCAUUGCCAUUGCCCGCGCUGUCGUUUCAGACCCUCGAAUUCUUCUCUUGGAUGAGGCCACAUCGGCUCUCGACCCCACGGCCGAGCAAAGCGUGCAGGCUGCGCUCGACAAUGUUUCCAAGUCUCGAACCACCAUCAUCAUUGCGCACAAGCUCUCCACCGUUCAGAAGGCGGAUAAGAUUGUUGUAAUUUCCAAGGGCAAGGUCCUGGAGCAGGGGUCUCACCAACAACUUUUGAAUCUGAAGCAGGCUUACUUCUCCCUGGUCAACUCCCAGAAUCUCGACGCCAAGGAGAAAAAUAGUGACCAGCUUGAUGAUGAACCUGGAGCAGAGGACAUUUUGACAAAGGAGGGUAAAGAAUUAUCAGAGGUCGAGAGCAAAAACCAAGCGCCUGCGGUCGUACCAGCACCAGGUAGCGGAUUAGCAAACUCCAAAGCAUCUUCAUCUCAGCCAAAAUACUCUCUCAUCCGCUGCAUCAAGGACAUUGUCUUCAAAGAACAAUCUCACCUGUGGAUACUUUUUCUGGCUGGAUUCCUCUCCUCGGCGGGGAGUGGCGCAGCAUUCCCUGCACAAGCUGUACUCUUUGGUGAGAGCAUUCCCACUCUUCAGCUUCCCCGCGGCGCUGCUAUAAUCGACAAGGGAAACUUUUGGGCUCUCAUGUACUUUGUCUUUGGUAUUGGAGUCUUGAUUGUGUAUUGGGGUGUUGGUUUCUGGUGGACGGUCGCCGCCUUUCACGCAUGUCGCCACUACCGCAGGGAGUAUUUCGAAGCUAUGCUCCGGCAAGAUAUCCAGUUCUUUGAUGUGCAAGGUCACAGUGCUUCUGAAAUGACGAGUCGUCUAUCUACAGACCCUCUUCAUCUACAAAUGCUCCUCUCCACGAAUCUGGCUCUGAUUUUACUCGUCAUCUUCAAUCUCGCCGCCUGUUGCAUUCUCUCCUUGAUAGUUGCCUGGGAGUUGGCGCUUCCUGUCAUUGCCUUGGGAGUACCGUUGUUGUUUGGUGCCGGUUACUUCCGGAUGCGCAUGGAGAUGAGCAACCAAGACCGGGUCGCAGAGAUUUAUCUGGAGGCUGCCCGCUUUGCCUCCGAAGCAGUUGGGGCCAUCCGCACAGUGUCAAGCCUAACUCUGGAGCGCAAGGUAUUGGACGGGUAUGAAGAGCGGCUGGCACAGUCUUCCAAGAUCGAGACUCGACACAAGCUCAAGAGUAUGCUCUUGUUUGCAUUCAGUGAAAGUAUCACGCUGGCAGUGUCUGCGUUCUCGUUCUGGUAUGGAGGAAAGCUGCUUUCGGAGAAUCGGUAUGACGUGACUGCGUUCUUCAUCGUCUUUGUUUCCAUUAGCAUGGGUACUCAGAGCGCCGGUUUCAUGUUUGGGUUCACCUCGGACCUAUCCAAGGCUCAUUCCUCGACGAGUGACAUCAUGGAGCUUUGUAGAGCAAAGCCUCGCAUCAAUGCUUCUACCUGCAGUGUUGGAGGUGAUGUAGACGAGGCCCUGGAUGAAAAGGUUCCAGCUAUUGAGUUCCGCGACGUCACAUUUUCCUAUCCAAACCGGCCGGAAAUUCCUGUAUUGCGGAAUCUGAAUCUAAAAAUCAACAAAGGCGAGUCCAUUGGCAUUGUUGGAGCCUCGGGAUGCGGCAAAAGCACCAUCAUUGGACUGCUGGAGAGGUUCUACGACGUUCAAUCUGGCCAGAUCCUCAUUAACGGUAAGCCGAUAGAUGCUGUUGACGUUUGCCGUCAUCGCUCUCGCCUUGGUUUGGUGUCGCAGGACACCAUGCUGUACGGAGCUACUGUUCGAGAGAACAUUCAGCUGGGCUUGUCACCUGACCAAGCGGCCGAGAUGAAGUCACAGUCGGGCGAGGUCACACAUGAAGCCGUGGUCAGAGCUUGCAAAUUGGCUCACGUGGAUGAGUUCGUCUCGAGCCUUCCGGAUGGAUACGACACCAACAUAGGAAACCAUGGAAGGUCUCUGAGCGGUGGGCAGCGUCAGCGUCUUGCGAUUGCGCGAGCCCUCAUUCGAGACCCAGACUUUGUGCUGUUUGACGAAGCGACCAGCGCGCUCGAUACGGAGAAUGAAGCCCUAGUCCAAGAGGCAUUGCAAAGUUUAGUGAUGAGCAACAGUUCACAGACAUUUAUCUCUGUGGCGCACAGACUAUCUACCAUUAAGAACUGCGAUCGUAUUUUUGUUUUACAUAGAGGCCAGGUUGUUGAGGAAGGGAAACAUGAGGAUUUGGUCGGCAGGCGCGGCCAAUAUUACGCCAUGGUACAGGCCCAGACGCUGGAUAAAGAGGCUUAG